UUCUCUAAUCAUUUGCUUCUUUUUGUAGGCUGGGUGAACUCAUGGGCAUGAUCCUUUUCUCUUGAGAAGCAAAACUAGCUCAAAAGAAAAAUGGCAUUUGUUGCAACACAAGGGGCCACAGUGGUGGACCAAACCACUCUGAUGAAAAAAUACCUUCAGUUUGUGGCAGCUCUCACGGAUGUAAAUACACCUGAUGAAACAAAGUUAAAAAUGAUGCAAGAAGUCAGUGAAAAUUUUGAGAAUGUAACGUCAUCUCCUCAGUAUUCCACAUUCCUGGAGCAUAUCAUCCCUCGAUUUCUUACAUUUCUUCAAGAUGGAGAAGUUCAGUUCCUUCAGGAGAAACCAGCCCAGCAACUGCGAAAGCUAGUUCUUGAAAUAAUUCAUAGAAUACCAACGAAUGAACAUCUUCGUCCUCAUACGAAAAAUGUUUUGUCUGUGAUGUUUCGCUUUCUGGAGACAGAAAAUGAAGAAAACGUUCUUAUUUGUCUACGAAUAAUUAUUGAACUACACAAACAAUUCAGGCCACCCAUCACGCAAGAAAUUCAUCAUUUUUUGGAUUUUGUGAAACAGAUUUACAAGGAGCUUCCGAAAGUAGUGAACCGCUACUUUGAGAACCCUCAGGUGAUCCCCGAGAACACAGUCCCACCCCCGGAAAUGGUCGGGAUGAUCACAACAAUCGCUGUGAAAGUCAGUCCUGAGCGGGAGGACAGCGAGACCAGAACGCAUUCCAUCAUUCCAAGAGGAUCUCUGUCUUUGAAAGUCUUGGCAGAAUUGCCCAUUAUUGUUGUUUUAAUGUAUCAGCUCUACAAACUGAAUAUCCACAAUGUUGUUGCUGAAUUUGUGCCCUUGAUCAUGAAUACCAUUGCAAUUCAGGUAUCUGCACAAGCCAGGCAACAUAAGCUUUACAACAAGGAGUUGUAUGCUGAUUUCAUUGCUGCUCAGAUUAAAACAUUGUCAUUUUUAGCUUACAUCAUCCGAAUUUACCAGGAUUUGGUGACUAAAUACUCCCAGCAAAUGGUGAAGGGAAUGUUGCAGUUACUCUCAAACUGCCCCGCAGAAACCGCGCACCUCAGGAAGGAGCUUCUGAUUGCGGCGAAGCACAUCCUCACCACCGAGCUGAGGAACCAGUUCAUUCCGUGCAUGGACAAGCUGUUUGAUGAAUCCAUACUAAUUGGUUCAGGAUAUACUGCUCGGGAGACUCUCAGGCCCCUCGCCUACAGCACGCUGGCCGACCUCGUGCACCACGUCCGUCAGCACCUGCCCCUCAGUGACCUGUCCCUCGCUGUCCAGCUCUUUGCCAAGAACAUUGAUGACGAGUCCCUGCCCAGCAGCAUCCAGACCAUGUCCUGCAAGCUGCUGCUGAACCUGGUGGACUGCAUCCGCUCCAAGAGCGAGCAGGAGAGCGGCAACGGGAGGGACGUGCUGAUGCGGAUGCUGGAGGUUUUUGUUCUCAAGUUCCACACCAUUGCGCGGUACCAGCUGUCUGCCAUUUUUAAGAAGUGCAAGCCCCAGUCGGAACUCGGAGCCGUGGAGGCAGCUCUGCCCGGGCCAGCCCCUGUGCCUCCCUUUGAGAAGCAAGGAGAAAAGGAUAAGGAGGACAAGCAGACGUUCCAGGUCACAGACUGCCGGAGUUUGGUGAAAACCUUGGUCUGUGGUGUCAAGACAAUCACGUGGGGCAUAACGUCCUGUAAAGCGCCUGGUGAAGCUCAGUUCAUUCCCAACAAGCAGUUACAGCCCAAAGAGACUCAGAUCUACAUAAAACUGGUGAAGUACGCGAUGCAGGCUUUAGAUAUCUAUCAGGUCCAGAUAGCAGGAAACGGACAGACAUACAUUCGAGUAGCAAACUGCCAGACCGUUCGAAUGAAGGAGGAGAAGGAGGUCUUGGAGCACUUUGCUGGUGUCUUCACAAUGAUGAAUCCCUUAACGUUCAAAGAAAUCUUCCAGACUACAGUCCCUUAUAUGGUGGAAAGAAUCUCAAAAAAUUAUGCUCUUCAGAUUGUUGCCAAUUCUUUCUUGGCAAAUCCUACUACCUCUGCUCUGUUCGCUACAAUUCUGGUGGAAUAUCUCCUGGACCGCUUGCCAGAAAUGGGCUCCAACGUGGAGCUGUCCAACCUGUACCUCAAGCUGUUUAAAUUGGUCUUUGGCUCCGUCUCCCUCUUCGCAGCAGAAAAUGAACAAAUGCUGAAGCCUCACCUGCACAAGAUUGUGAACAGCUCAAUGGAGCUGGCCCAGACUGCCAAAGAGCCCUAUAACUACUUCCUGCUGCUUCGGGCCCUGUUCCGCUCCAUCGGGGGAGGUAGCCAUGAUCUCCUGUAUCAGGAAUUUUUGCCUCUCCUACCAAACCUCCUGCAAGGGCUGAACAUGCUGCAGAGCGGCCUGCACAAGCAGCACAUGAAGGACCUCUUCGUGGAGCUGUGCCUCACCGUGCCCGUGCGGCUCAGCUCUCUCCUGCCCUACCUGCCCAUGUUAAUGGACCCCUUGGUGUCGGCUCUCAAUGGGUCCCAGACGUUGGUCAGCCAAGGCCUCAGGACUCUGGAGCUGUGUGUGGACAACCUGCAGCCCGACUUCCUCUACGACCACAUCCAGCCCGUGCGCGCAGAGCUCAUGCAGGCUUUAUGGCGCACGUUACGCAAUCCUGCUGACAGCAUUUCUCACGUGGCCUAUCGUGUCCUUGGUAAAUUUGGUGGCAGCAACAGGAAGAUGUUGAAGGAAUCCCAGAAGCUGCACUAUGUCGUGACUGAAGUUCAAGGCCCCAGUAUCACAGUGGAGUUUUCGGACUGUAAAGCAUCUCUCCAGCUCCCAAUGGAGAAGGCCAUCGAAACAGCCCUAGACUGCCUGAAGAGCGCCAACACUGAGCCCUAUUACCGGCGGCAGGCAUGGGAGGUGAUCAGGUGCUUCCUGGUGGCCAUGAUGAGCCUCGAGGACAACAAGCACGCGCUCUACCAGCUCCUGGCGCACCCCAACUUUACAGAAAAGACCAUCCCCAAUGUCAUCAUAUCGCACCGCUACAAAGCGCAAGACACGCCAGCUCGGAAGACAUUUGAGCAGGCUCUGACCGGGGCAUUCAUGUCUGCUGUCAUCAAGGAUCUCCGGCCCAGCGCCCUGCCCUUUGUGGCCAGCCUGAUUCGCCACUACACGAUGGUGGCGGUGGCCCAGCAAUGUGGUCCCUUCUUGCUCCCGUGCUACCAGGUGGGCAGCCAGCCCAGCACCGCCAUGUUUCACAGUGAAGAAAACGGGUCAAAAGGAAUGGACCCCCUGGUUCUCAUUGACGCCAUAGCCAUUUGUAUGGCGUACGAGGAAAAAGAACUUUGCAAGAUUGGGGAGGUGGCCCUGGCUGUCAUAUUCGACGUUGCAAGUAUCAUCCUGGGCUCAAAGGAGCGGGCCUGCCAGCUGCCCCUCUUCUCCUACAUCGUGGAGCGCCUGUGCGCCUGCUGCUACGAGCAGGCCUGGUACGCAAAGCUGGGGGGCGUAGUGUCCAUUAAGUUCCUCAUGGAGCGGCUGCCUCUCACUUGGGUCCUGCAGAACCAGCAGACGUUCCUCAAAGCGCUUCUCUUUGUCAUGAUGGACCUGACUGGAGAGGUUUCCAACGGGGCGGUCGCCAUGGCCAAGACCACCCUGGAGCAGCUUCUGAUGAGGUGCGCGACACCCCUGAAGGACGAGGAGAGAGCCGAGGAGAUCGUGGCGGCCCAGGAGAAGUCCUUCCACCACGUGACCCAUGACCUGGUUCGAGAAGUCACUUCUCCAAACUCCACCGUGAGAAAACAGGCUAUGCAUUCACUGCAGGUACUGGCCCAGGUCACCGGGAAGAGCGUCACAGUGAUCAUGGAACCCCACAAAGAGGUCCUCCAGGACAUGGUCCCACCUAAGAAGCACUUGCUCCGGCACCAGCCCGCCAAUGCUCAGAUUGGCCUGAUGGAGGGAAACACGUUCUGUACCACCCUGCAGCCCCGGCUCUUCACAAUGGACCUGAACGUGGUGGAGCAUAAGGUGUUCUACACAGAGCUCUUGAAUUUGUGCGAGGCUGAAGAUUCAGCUUUGACAAAGCUGCCCUGUUAUAAAAGCCUUCCGUCUCUUGUACCUUUACGAAUUGCAGCGUUAAAUGCGCUUGCUGCCUGCAAUUAUCUCCCUCAGUCCAGAGAGAAGAUCAUUGCUGCUCUCUUCAAAGCCCUUAAUUCAACCAACAGUGAGCUUCAGGAGGCCGGAGAAGCCUGUAUGAGAAAGUUUUUAGAAGGCGCUACCAUAGAAGUAGAUCAGAUCCACACGCACAUGCGGCCCCUGCUGAUGAUGCUGGGGGACUACCGUAGCUUGACGCUGAAUGUCGUGCACCGCCUGACCUCGGUGACCAGGCUCUUCCCGAACUCCUUCAACGACAAGUUCUGUGAUCAGAUGAUGCAACAUCUGCGCAAGUGGAUGGAAGUGGUGGUCCUCACCCACAAAGGGGGCCAGAGGAGCGACGGAAACGAAAGCAUUUCAGAGUGCGGGAGAUGUUCCUUGUCUCCAUUCUGUCAGUUUGAGCCUGCCGUGGAAGGGGUAGAGGAAAUGAAAAUUUGUUCGGCAAUCAUAAACCUUUUUCAUCUGAUCCCAGCUGCCCCUCAGACUCUGGUCAAGCCUUUGUUAGAGGUUGUGAUGAAGACAGAGCGCGCUAUGCUGAUCGAGGCCGGCAGUCCAUUCAGAGAGCCUCUGAUCAAGUUCCUGACUCGCCACCCCUCGCAGACGGUGGAGCUGUUCAUGAUGGAAGCAACGCUCAAUGACCCCCAGUGGAGCCGGAUGUUCAUGAGUUUUUUAAAACACAAAGAUGCCAGACCCCUGCGAGAUGUGCUCGCGGCCAACCCCAACCGCUUCAUCACGCUGCUGCUGCCCGGGGGCACCCAGCCCGCUGUGCGCCCCGGCUCGCCCAGCACCAGCACCCUGCGCCUGGACCUGCAGUUCCAGGCCAUCAAGAUCAUCAGUAUUAUAGUUAAAAACGACGACUCGUGGCUGGCCAAUCAGCACUCUCUGGUGAGCCAGCUGAGACGCGUGUGGGUCAGUGACACCUUCCAGGAAAGACACCGGAAGGAGAACAUGGCUGCCACAAACUGGAAGGAGCCCAAGCUGCUGGCCUACUGUCUGCUCAAUUACUGCAAGAGGAACUAUGGGGACAUAGAGUUGCUGUUCCAGCUGCUCCGGGCCUUCACUGGUCGUUUCCUCUGCAACAUGACGUUCUUAAAAGAGUACAUGGAGGAGGAGAUUCCCAAAAAUUACAGCAUCGCUCAGAAGCGCGCCCUGUUUUUUCGCUUUGUGGACUUCAGUGACCCCAACUUUGGAGAUGAACUGAAAGCCAAGGUUCUGCAGCAUAUCUUGAAUCCUGCUUUCUUAUACAGCUUUGAGAAGGGGGAAGGAGAGCAGCUCUUAGGACCUCCCAACCCAGAGGGCGACAACCCGGAAAGUAUCACCAGUGUGUUUAUAACCAAGGUCCUGGACCCCGAGAAGCAGACGGACAUGCUGGACUCGCUGCGGAUCUACCUGCUGCAGUACGCCACGCUGCUGGUGGAGCACGCCCCGCACCACAUCCACGACAACAACAAGAACCGCAACAGCAAGCUGCGCCGCCUCAUGACCUUCGCGUGGCCCUGCCUGCUGUCCAAGGCCUGCGUGGACCCCGCCUGCAAGUACAGCGGACACUUGCUCCUGGCCCACAUCAUUGCCAAGUUUGCCAUACACAAGAAGAUUGUCCUGCAGGUUUUUCACAGCCUUCUCAAGGCCCAUGCAAUGGAAGCCCGAGCCAUUGUCAGACAGGCGAUGGCGAUCUUGACCCCGGCGGUGCCGGCCAGGAUGGAGGACGGGCACCAGAUGCUGACCCACUGGACAAGGAAGAUCAUUGUGGAGGAGGGGCACACGGUCCCUCAGCUGGUUCACAUUUUGCAUUUGAUAGUGCAGCAUUUUAAGGUGUACUACCCGGUGCGGCACCACCUGGUGCAGCACAUGGUCAGCGCCAUGCAGAGGCUGGGCUUCACGCCCAGCGUCACCAUAGAGCAGAGGAGGCUGGCCGUGGACCUGUCCGAGGUCGUCAUCAAGUGGGAACUGCAGAGGAUCAAGGACCAGCAGCCUGAUUCAGAUAUGGACCCAAAUUCAAGUGGAGAGGGAGUCAAUUCUGUCUCAUCUUCCAUUAAAAGAGGGCUGUCGGUGGAUUCUGCGCAGGAGGUGAAACGCUUCAGGACGGCCACAGGGGCCAUCAGCGCGGUGUUCGGGCGGAGCCAGUCCCUGCCAGGCGCAGACUCCCUUCUCGCCAAGCCCAUCGACAAGCAGCACACGGACACCGUGGUGAACUUCCUCAUCCGGGUGGCCUGUCAGGUUAAUGACAACACCAACACUGCGGGGUCUCCUGGGGAGGUGCUGUCCCGCCGGUGUGUGACUCUCCUAAAGACGGCCUUGCGACCGGACAUGUGGUCCAAGUCGGAGCUCAAACUGCAGUGGUUCGACAAGCUGCUGAUGAGCGUGGAGCAGCCUAAUCAAGUGAACUACGGAAACAUCUGCACGGGGCUGGAGGUGCUGAGCUUCCUGCUGACCGUUCUCCAGUCUCCAGCCAUCCUAAGUAGCUUCAAACCCCUGCAGCGUGGAAUCGCUGCCUGUAUGACGUGCGGAAACACCAAAGUCUUACGCGCCGUCCACAGCCUUCUCUCCCGCCUCAUGAGUAUUUUCCCAACCGAACCAAGCACAUCCAGUGUGGCCUCCAAGUAUGAGGAGCUGGAGUGUCUCUAUGCAGCGGUGGGGAAGGUUGUCUACGAAGGGCUCACCAGCUACGAGAAGGCUGCCAACGCAAACCCCUCCCAGCUCUUCGGGACCCUCAUGAUCCUCAAGUCCGCCUGCAGCAACAACCCGAGCUACAUAGACAGGCUGAUCUCGGUCUUCAUGCGCUCCCUGCAGAAGAUGGUCCGCGAGCACCUGAACCCACAGGCCGCCUCGGGAAGUGCUGAAGCCACCUCAGGGACCAGCGAGCUGGUGAUGCUGAGCCUGGAGCUGGUGAAAACGCGCCUGGCUGUGAUGAGCAUGGAGAUGCGGAAGAACUUCAUUCAGGCCGUCCUGACCUCCCUCAUCGAGAAAUCCCCCGACGCCAAAGUCCUCCGGGCCGUGGUUAAAAUCGUGGAAGAAUGGGUGAAAAAUAAUUCCCCGAUGGCAGCCAAUCAGACGCCUACACUCCGGGAGAAGUCCAUUUUGCUUGUGAAAAUGAUGACCUACAUAGAAAAACGUUUUCCAGAAGACCUUGAAUUAAAUGCCCAGUUUUUAGACCUCGUUAACUACGUCUACAGGGACGAGACGCUGUCUGGCAGUGAGCUGACUGCGAAACUGGAACCUGCCUUUCUCUCUGGGCUGCGUUGUGCACAGCCACUCAUCAGGGCCAAGUUUUUCGAGGUUUUCGACAACUCUAUGAAGCGGCGCGUCUACGAGCGCCUGCUCUACGUGACCUGUUCCCAGAAUUGGGAGGCCAUGGGGAACCACUUCUGGAUCAAGCAGUGCAUUGAGCUCCUCCUGGCUGUGUGUGAGAAGAGCACGCCCAUCGGCACCAGCUGCCAAGGGGCAAUGCUCCCGUCCAUCACCAACGUCAUCAACCUGGCCGACAGCCAUGACCGGGCGGCCUUCGCCAUGGUCACGCACGUCAAGCAGGAGCCCCGGGAGCGGGAGAGCAGCGAGUCCAAGGAGGAGGAUGUGGAGAUAGAUAUUGAACUAGCUCCUGGAGAUCAGACCAGCACGCCCAAGACCAAAGAACUCUCUGAAAAGGACAUUGGAAACCAGCUGCACAUGUUAACCAACCGACAUGACAAAUUCCUUGACACGCUCCGUGAAGUGAAGACCGGAGCGCUGCUCGGCGCCUUCGUCCAGCUGUGCCACAUUUCCACCACCCUGGCAGAAAAGACGUGGGUCCAGCUUUUUCCCAGAUUGUGGAAAAUUCUGUCUGACAGGCAGCAGCAUGCGCUGGCAGGGGAGAUCAGUCCGUUCCUGUGCAGCGGCAGUCACCAGGUGCAGCGGGAUUGUCAGCCCAGCGCUCUGAACUGCUUCGUGGAAGCCAUGUCCCAGUGUGUCCCCCCCAUUCCCAUCCGACCCUGCGUCCUGAAGUACUUGGGAAAAACCCACAACCUCUGGUUCCGGUCCACACUGAUGCUAGAGCACCAGGCCUUUGAAAAAGGUCUGAGCCUGCAGAUUAAGCCGAAGCAAACAACGGAGUUUUAUGAGCAGGAGAGCAUAACUCCACCUCAGCAGGAGAUCCUGGACUCCCUCGCCGAGCUGUACUCCUUGUUACAAGAGGAGGACAUGUGGGCGGGUCUGUGGCAGAAGCGCUGCAGGUACUCGGAGACGGCAACCGCCAUCGCCUAUGAGCAGCACGGCUUCUUCGAGCAGGCACAAGAAUCCUAUGAAAAGGCAAUGGAUAAAGCCAAAAAAGAACAUGAGAGGAGUAAUGCAUCUCCCGCUAUUUUCCCAGAGUACCAGCUUUGGGAGGACCACUGGAUUCGGUGCUCCAAGGAGCUGAACCAGUGGGAAGCCCUGACAGAAUACGGCCAGUCCAAAGGUCACAUCAACCCUUACCUCGUCCUGGAGUGUGCUUGGCGGGUGUCCAACUGGACGGCCAUGAAGGAGGCCUUGGUGCAGGUAGAAGUGAGUUGUCCAAAGGAGAUGGCUUGGAAGGUCAACAUGUACCGUGGGUACCUGGCUAUCUGCCACCCCGAGGAGCAGCAGCUCAGCUUCAUCGAGCGCCUGGUGGAAAUGGCCAGCAGCCUGGCCAUCCGCGAGUGGCGGCGGCUGCCCCACGUGGUGUCCCACGUGCACACGCCUCUUCUUCAGGCAGCGCAGCAGAUCAUUGAACUUCAGGAAGCUGCACAGAUAAACGCAGGCUUGCAGCCUAGCAACUUGGGGAGGAACAACAGCCUGCACGACAUGAAGACGGUGGUGAAGACCUGGAGGAACCGGCUGCCUAUCGUGUCGGACGACUUGUCCCACUGGAGCAGUGUCUUCAUGUGGAGGCAGCAUCAUUACCAGGCUAUUGUAACUGCGUAUGAAAAUAGUUCUCAGCAUGAUCCAAGCUCAAAUAACGCUAUGCUGGGGGUUCACGCAUCGGCUUCAGCAAUCAUCCAGUAUGGGAAAAUCGCCCGCAAGCAGGGACUGGUCAACGUGGCUCUGGAUAUAUUAAGUCGCAUUCAUACGAUUCCAACCGUUCCCAUUGUGGACUGCUUCCAGAAGAUUCGGCAGCAAGUCAAGUGCUACCUCCAGCUGGCAGGUGUCAUGGGGAAGAACGAGUGUAUGCAGGGCCUUGAAGUUAUUGAAUCUACAAACUUAAAAUACUUUACAAAAGAGAUGACAGCUGAAUUUUAUGCACUGAAGGGAAUGUUCUUGGCUCAGAUCAACAAGUCUGAGGAAGCAAACAAAGCCUUUUCUGCAGCUGUGCAGAUGCAUGACGUGCUGGUGAAGGCCUGGGCCAUGUGGGGCGACUACCUGGAGAACAUCUUUGUCAAGGAGCGGCAGCUGCAUCUCGGAGUGUCUGCCAUCACCUGUUACCUGCACGCCUGCCGGCAUCAAAAUGAGAGCAAAUCUAGAAAAUACUUAGCCAAGGUGCUGUGGCUUCUGAGUUUUGACGAUGACAAGAAUACCCUGGCGGAUGCUGUGGACAAGUACUGCAUUGGCGUGCCACCCAUCCAGUGGCUGGCCUGGAUCCCACAGCUGCUCACCUGUCUGGUCGGCUCCGAGGGGAAGCUGCUUUUGAACCUCAUUAGCCAGGUCGGACGAGUGUAUCCCCAGGCUGUCUACUUCCCCAUCCGGACCCUGUACCUGACCCUGAAGAUAGAGCAACGGGAACGCUACAAGAGCGAUUCUGGACAGCAGCAGCCAAGUUCAGUGGGUAACCAGUCCCAUUCUGCAUCAGAUCCAGGGCCCAUAAGAGCAACAGCCCCCAUGUGGCGCUGCAGCCGAAUCAUGCACAUGCAGCGGGAACUGCACCCGACCCUGCUGUCUUCCCUGGAAGGCAUCGUCGAUCAGAUGGUCUGGUUCAGAGAAAACUGGCACGAGGAGGUUCUCAGGCAGCUCCAGCAGGGCCUGGCAAAGUGCUACUCUGUUGCAUUUGAGAAAAGCGGAGCAGUGUCCGAUGCCAAAAUUACCCCCCACACCCUCAACUUCGUCAAGAAGCUGGUGAGCACAUUCGGGGUGGGCCUAGAGAAUGUGUCCAACGUCUCCACCAUGUUCUCCAGCGCAGCCUCUGAGUCCCUGGCCCGGCGGGCACAGGCCACUGCACAGGACCCUGUCUUCCAGAAGUUGAAGGGCCAGUUCACAACCGAUUUUGACUUCAGUGUUCCAGGGUCCAUGAAGCUUCAUAACCUUAUUUCUAAAUUGAAGAAAUGGAUCAAAAUCCUGGAGGCCAAAACCAAGCAGCUUCCAAAAUUCUUCCUCAUAGAAGAAAAGUGCCGGUUUUUGAGCAAUUUCUCGGCGCAGACCGCUGAGGUGGAAAUUCCUGGGGAGUUUCUGAUGCCGAAGCCGACACACUACUACAUCAAGAUUGCCCGGUUCAUGCCCCGGGUGGAGAUUGUGCAGAAGCACAACACAGCGGCCAGGAGGCUGUACAUCCGCGGCCACAACGGCAAGAUCUACCCGUACCUGGUCAUGAACGACGCCUGCCUGACGGAGUCGCGGCGGGAGGAGCGCGUGCUGCAGCUGCUCCGCCUGCUGAACCCCUGUUUGGAAAAGAGGAAGGAAACCACCAAGAGGCACUUAUUUUUCACAGUUCCACGCGUUGUGGCCGUGUCCCCGCAGAUGCGCCUGGUGGAGGACAACCCGUCCUCUCUCUCCCUGGUGGAGAUCUACAAGCAGCGCUGCGCCAAGAAGGGCAUCGAGCACGACAACCCCAUCUCCCGCUACUACGACCGGCUGGCCACCGUGCAGGCGCGCGGCACGCAAGCCAGCCACCAGGUACUUCGCGACAUCCUCAAGGAGGUCCAGAGUAACAUGGUGCCACGCAGCAUGCUGAAGGAGUGGGCUCUGCACACAUUCCCCAACGCCACGGACUACUGGACCUUCCGGAAGAUGUUCACCAUCCAGCUCGCGCUGAUUGGCUUUGCCGAGUUUGUCUUGCAUCUCAAUAGACUCAACCCCGAGAUGCUGCAGAUCGCUCAGGACACCGGCAAGCUGAACGUGGCAUACUUUCGAUUUGAUAUAAAUGAUGCAACUGGAGACUUGGACGCCAACCGCCCAGUCCCUUUCCGCCUCACACCCAACAUCUCUGAGUUCCUGACCACCGUCGGCGUCUCCGGCCCGUUGACAGCGUCCAUGAUCGCCGUCGCCCGGUGCUUCGCCCAGCCGAACUUCAAGGUGGAUGGCAUCCUGAAAACUGUGCUUCGGGACGAGAUCAUCGCUUGGCACAAAAAAACGCAGGAGGACACUUCAUCUCCUCUCUCGGCCGCCGGGCAGCCCGAGAACAUGGACAGCCAGCAGCUGGUCUCCCUGGUCCAGAAAGCCGUCACGGCCAUCAUGACACGCCUGCACAACCUCGCCCAGUUCGAAGGCGGGGAGAGCAAAGUGAACACCCUGGUGGCCGCUGCCAACAGCCUGGACAACCUGUGCCGCAUGGACCCCGCCUGGCACCCCUGGCUGUGAGCGCCCUCUGCCUCGCUCAGCCUCCUGCAGCUGCCCUGCCGUCGACUGGCUGCGUUAUUUCCCUGACGGUAUGUGCGCGAGAGGGUGAGUCUCAUUGCAGAGGGGCUGAGCUGUCACAGAGGCCAUGCGGUUAGACGUGGGAGCAGAGACUCAUCGGAGCUUUUAAGGUAACUUUGAAGAAACCAGGAUCCCCUGGUGUAGAAUUUCUCUGUGAAUUAUUUGCUGUUGUGUCCCUCCCUCCUCCAUGUGAGUGUACAGACUGAACUCUGGAAAACACUUCUGCACCGUCCGUCCGUCUGUUUUUAACUCUCAGAAGUUACACCUCCCAGGAGCUUCGUGCUUUUGUACAGAACUUUGUAACAAGUGUACAGAAAACCCACUUUGGUAGAGAAACAAGAAAUUAUGAACAAACUGUGCUGGAUUUCCUUUAAGCACAGACUUGUAUGCUGUGUGUAGCCAGCUGUGGGAGUGCCGAGCGUCGGGCGUGGAUGCUUAGGGCUCAGCCCCGCAGGCCGCGCUGCCCCCCGUGUCGGAGCUGGGUUCCACGGCAGGAGGUGGGCCCUGAGAGCUGGCGGUGAGCCUUAGUUUGCAGGCUGGCUCUCUGGGCGUCUCCUAGACGUUUACUAUCACUGUACCUGGAAACAAAAACAAGAAGACCACAUAUUUUCCUUUUUAAUUUAAAAAGAAGUAACGAAGGUUUGGUUGCUAAUUCCAGUCUGUUAUGUUCACAUUUUUAUAAAUACGAACAUUGAGGAUGUUCUAUCUAAAUUUGUACAGUGUGAUUUUUUUAGAAUAAAUAUUUUAUAAAAGGA